AACAAAGUGUCACUUUUGAUCCUAAUGAAACAAUCUACCAUUUUUCCAGGCAUUUCUGCUCAAGAACAAGGCGACGCUAGAGGCGACGGUACCAAAGCCCAGGGAGGCUUCUCUUACACCGCCCCCGACGGUCAGCAGAUCCACAUCCAGUACACCGCCGACGAAAACGGUUUCCAGGCUCAGGGAGCCCACCUCCCUACCCCUCCCCCGAUUCCAGAGGCCAUCCAGAGGUCCAUCGAGCAGAAUCUGGCUGAGGAGGCACGUGGUAUCGUGGAUGACGGAAGGUACACGUCUUCGGGUGCGGAGGGACAAUACAGGUCGGAGAAUGAGGGACAGUACAGCUCUUCAGGAGUGAAAGGACACUUCGGAUCUUCUGGACACUUUGGAUCGUCUGGAAACUUCGGGGGUUUCAAGCAAAGCCAUCAACAAGGAGGUUACAAAUACUGAAUUUGAGAUGAAUUAGAAGAGGACGGGUACCAUCGAAGUGAUAUUAUUUAUACCUAUAGUUUUACAUUUUUAUACUGCGAAUAAAAU